ACGUGCCGUCAGUCGCCGCAACUGCGCGCAGUGAGAACGUAAACGAAAAAAACAAAAAAAAAUUCUGCAAAACAGCAUAGCUAAGUAGAAGCGUGACUAUGUAGGUUGGUUGGUUGAUCAGUGGAAAAUCGAAACAAGCUGCAGAAAAACCAACAAAACGGCACGGUAAACCGUCAGCAGCAGAGCUCGGUAAUCGGUUGUGGUCGCUAGUCGUCUCGGAACAAAAACAUUCGCACCCGAAGCGGCACCAGAGUCGGACGGUUUUUUUUGUUCACGCGACGGAUCUGCUCCAGCUCGCUCGGAAUCGGUCGUUUGGUUCUUGCCUUGUGUAUAGUGUGAUUUGUGUACUAUUUUCAGUGCCCCAGAACGUGUAUGCUAAACAAAUUACAAAAUCAAGUGUGCGUGUGUGUGUCGAAGAAAAACUUGAUCCUGAAGGAAUCCUGCCCGGGCAGAUUCCGGUGGUUAUCGGUGCGUGAGUGUGUGUAAAGUUUUAGUGCGCGCCAUUUGGUAAAGCUCCUCAACCUUUUGAUUGACUGUAUGCGUCCGAACACUGCUACCACCGUUUACGACCGCUACCGUUGGAAAAAGAUGGACCACUCGGGGGACAACAGCAGAAAGUCGGAGAACGGCACUGCCGCCGGUCAGAAGAUUCCAGUACUCACACACGGCACACCGCCGGGUUCUGCAGUACCGAUCGCUGCCUCCGGUACGCCACCCGCUGGAACGCCUGGUUCUGGUGGAACAUCACCAUCAAGACGUGCCACCAAGCGGAGAAGUUCGUCAGUCAACAUAGCGGCAGGAAGUGCUGCGGCUCGGAAGCGUCGCAAAUUGCAGCAAACCCCGCCGAAAACUGGCGAACCAAGCGCGGAGCAGCUUCCACAGACCAAGAACACGGUCGCAGUGCUGAACGAGCUGAAGCGCAACCUGGUGUACAACCUGGAGUCCCAGACAGGUCCGGUGCAUGCUCCCAUCUUUAGCAUGUCCGUUGUGGUCGACGGCCAGAAGUUUGUCGGCCACGGUCGCAGCAAAAAGCUCGCUCGCAUUGAAGCUGCCGCCGCGGCCCUGAGGAGUUUCAUUCAGUUCAAAGACGGUGCAACGUUAACUCCGAUCAAACCGAUGCACAAUGUAGAUUUCACCAGUGACGAUCCGAUGAUCGAGAAUAGUGUCUUCCCUCUGUCGGACCCUCCGACCCUACCGGAACCUGCUGUAACCAGUCCUUCUUCGGCGAAUUCAAGCAAAGCUAGCAGUAAGGGGUCACCAUCCGAAAAGAAUCACAUUUCACGUCGGGCUGAAACCAAGGAACGACAGAAUGGUCCCAACCACAGCAACAAUAAUAAUACCAACAACAACAACAACAACAAUGUGCACUCAACAAACAACAGUAAUUCCCCUUGUCUGUCCAAACAAAGUUCACUUUUCAGCUCUCAUAACAAUAAUACUACUACUAGCUAUUACCAACAACCCGCUAGCCAUAACAAUAAUAUCAAUAAUAGCAGCUGCAAUAGCAACACUACCGGUUAUCCUUUUCCCCGUCCUGGAACCUAUCACAAUAGUACAUCGACACACUACCAACAGAUCCAACAUCAACACCAAUCCACUCACUAUUCAAACCACUACCAAACCAAACAACACAAUAGCAUUCACCCACACAGUUACCACCCGCAACAACAAAACCAACCACCACACUUACACCACAAUCAUAGCCAAGUGGUGCAGCAUCAGCAAUUGUUAGCGCCUCCAAAUCAUCACCCCAGCAAGAAGGGCAGUGUUGCCAGUACCAGCGGCACCGGUGGCAGUGGCUCCAGUAUAAAUCCCUUCGCCGAAGUAGUCGAAGCGAAUGUCUUCAAUCCUUCCUCUACCACCACCAUCACCAAUAACAAUAGUAAUAAUAAUGAUUUUCCUACUAAUACUACCUUACUCAAUCACCAUUACGAUCGUUGUAAGCGUACCAAAUAUGAUAUUAAUACUGAAUCGUUUAAUGCUCUACCACCAACAACAAAACCACCACCUCCACCACCACUACUACUAUCACUACCAUCACACCGCCUACCACAACAAACACCAGUAUUAGCGACUACUACUUCCACUACUGCUAGCCAACCACCGAGUAGCAGUAGCAGUUCCAUUAGCAACAGUGCUAGCUCGGCGACGACGACGACGGCGGUGGCCGUCGGUAACGCGACCGCGCAGAACGGGCACCGGCAAGUGGUUGACAUAAUUCAGCAAAGUUUAGAUCUAUUUAAAAAUUCCAAUGAAAAGAAUGUAGCAUGGAAGAAGCGAUUAGAAAAGCUCAAGUCAUCGGCAUCGAACGCCUCACGGAACGGAUCACCCGGCCAGCCACCGAAACCGCAACCGGAAAAGGGUCCGGUCAUGCUACUGCACGAGUUGUUCACCGACGCGACCUUCGAGUGCGUCUCGACCGACGGGCUACAGCACUCGAAGUUCACCGUCGUCGUGACCGUGGACAACCAGCGGUUCGAGGGAACUGGACCAUCGAAAAAGAUGGCUAAGAAUGCUGCGGCCAAGGCUGCCCUUGCUUCAAUGUGCAACAUUUCGUUCAGCCCACUGCAGCAGGCUAAAUUCGGUGCACUGAUGAAUUCGGGCGCCGGAGCAAUGGGUGGAGCUGGCGGUGGCGGAAGUCCCGGAAUGGGCAUUAAUGGAGAUGCCAGUUAUGAUCAAAAGAGUGUCGAAUUGCCUCAGACGUUUGCGGAUGCCAUCGGAAAGUUGGUCAUCGAAAAGUUCAACGAAGUAAUGGUAGGCAACGAUGUGUACUCGCGGCGGAAGGUACUAGCUGGCAUUGUUUUGACUGAAGGGUACGAUGUUAAAACGGCAAAGGUCAUAUCGCUGGCCACCGGCACAAAGUGUGUGAGUGGCGAACACAUGAGUGUCACCGGUUCCGUCAUUAAUGAUUCCCAUGCGGAAAUCAUCGCUCGCCGUGGUUUGUUGGACUAUUUCUAUACUCAGUUGAACAUGUUCAGUGGUAACAAGGCGUCCAACAGUAAUGCAACAGUGGCUCAAUACAACGGAAAGCAAGGCAAUAAUAAUACUACUGCUAGGAAUAGUAACAAUGGCGAGCUGUUGGAUUCCCCGAUGGUGGAGCAGGAAGCGUGCAUUUUCGUUGCACCGUCGGAAGACUCGACGCUGUACCGGUUGAGGGACGGGUUAAAUUUCCACCUGUACAUCAAUACAGCGCCUUGUGGGGAUGCCCGAGUAUUUAGUCCACACGAGAACGACAACAUGGAUGUGGAUAAGCAUCCGAAUCGCAAAGCACGCGGUCAGCUGCGCACCAAGGUGGAAUCGGGCGAAGGGACGAUACCGGUCAAGAGCAGCGAGGGCAUUCAGACGUGGGAUGGUGUCCUGCAGGGGCAGCGUCUGCUGACGAUGUCCUGCUCGGAUAAAAUAUCACGCUGGAACGUACUCGGUUUGCAGGGAUCGCUGCUCGCGUCCGUCAUCGAGCCGAUCUAUCUGCACUCGAUCGUGCUGGGCAGCUUGCUGCAUCCGGCGCACAUGUACCGUGCCAUUUGCGGUCGCGUGGAAAGCUCCAUCCAGGGGCUCCCGCCGCCAUACCGGUUGAACAAACCGCGCCUAGCGCUGAUGACAUCGGCGGAGUCCCGCAAUCAAACCAAACCGCCCAACUUCAGCAUCAACUGGGUGAUCGGUUGCAGCGAGGUCGAAAUCGUCAACUCCUUCACCGGUAAGCUGAUCAACAACAAUACCAAUACGAACAAAAUGUCCCGUCUGUCGAAGCAGUCCUUCUACCGGCGGUACGCUGCCGUCAUCGAGAAACUACCGAUCGUUCGGUUCCGUGAGGUUAAACCGAGCUACUACGAGACCAAGAUGUCCAUUCCCGAGUACCAGCAGGCAAAGAAGGAACUGUUUGCCGCCUUUGCCAAGGAGGAUCUUGGCGAUUGGUUGAAGAAACCGAUCGAGCAGGAUCAGUUCACGUUGAUUCCACCCCGGCCGGAGGAAAUGGUAAGCGUAACGAGCGCCAAUACUAGCAGCAGUAGCAAUAGUAGCAACAACAGCAGCGGUCCCGUCGGCGGUAACAACGGUGGUGGAUCCACGCCCGGAGGUAAAUGACACCAGGGUAAGCACUCCGGUAAACAUCAGAACAGUUCCAACAGUUCGUCGUCCAGUGCGAGACUGUUCUGAGAGCGACAGAGAACGGGCAGUUCAAAUUCUUAGACCCGUUCGGUCAAAAUGAUGGUAGACGUCCUUUGAGUGGGCGCAUUGGUACCUUAUUAUUUACGGUAUCUUUUAUAGAAUCUAGUUUUAGGCUGUUAGAACUUUUACGCUGUUAGCGUAGUAACGUAGGAUAUGUUUACCAUUUGGUUUUUUCUUCCCUUGACUUUUAUAUUUUAACGGUGUGAGCUGCCUCACCGUAACUUGAUUUCUCAAAGGAAUUAAUCUGAAAAAAAGAUUGCUUGCUUCGGGAUUUGGUCGUGGGAAGGUAUUUCAUACCUUCACGAUUAAGCAAUAACGCUUUUUAAAAAGCGAUUGUUAUAAGACUAUAUUUGACAAGAUUUGAAUUUUUAUGCUGCUGUAGAUUUAAUUGAGGAAAUAUCCAGUCACUGCUGCUAAACUGAAUUAAAAGCGGUGGAAUUAUGUAAUCGUUCUGACUACCCAUUUAGAUAUAGAAGAGUGAUGUAAAUUUUUCACAGUUGCGUAUGCGAAAAAAAAAUACUACUAAUCAAUUGCGGUUAACGCACUAUUUUCGGUUGCUUUUUAAAAAAGGAAAUUUGUUUGGCGAAUGUUCAGAUUUAAGCGCGUUUGAAGCGCUCACUGACCGUAAACGUGUCGUGCAUUUUUUUAAUAAUUUGUAACAAAUUUGAUUGAGAACAGGGAUAAAUUAUGCGGUAAUUUAAUUGGCAAUUAUUGUACUAUUACCAGCUACCGCUCAUUCGAAUAUUAUCUCAAUGGUACUAAUAACACUUUGGCGCAUUAUUAAUUGUUGAGUACCUUCAACUGUGAUUACGUUAGGGCGCCACUAGCGUCGUCGGCGUGUUUCCCAUGUAGCUUAAAUCUGAACAAUCACAAGCAAAAAUAUACAUAAAGAAAGAGAGAGAGCUAAGUUCAAAAACAAAAUCAGUGCAAAUUAUUUGAUUCUGUCAAAAAACAUAACAUCAAUAACAAAUUGAAAACAAAACAGUGAUGGUUUAUUAAAUAGCAUGAUUGGUUAGUGAAAAUCUAAAGCUACAUUCGUGUACGAAAAAUAAAGGGUAGUUGAAGCAAAAUUAUAUCUCACAAAAACAACCAAAUAUUUGAAAAUAUUAGAGGGAACGAUUGCGGAAGGAAUAGCUUAUAUAUUAUCAAAAAUAAAUACCAUCAUAUUCAUCGCCUUCCACGGUGGUGGCAUCCAUUGGUGUGAUAUACAUAUUUCAAGUAAAGAUAAUAUUUCAGUAAUUAUUCAAAUUUAACCCCCGAAGGAGAGGAGAGAAGCGUGUACCACGAUUGAAUUAAACCGUCAAUCGCUGCCGGUCUGCAGACAGACCGGCAGACCAUCCCCACAAUCGACUGAAACACAUAGACAACAAACAAAUUAGUAUACUUAACUAUUAAUAGGAGAAGAAGAAUCAAACGAAAAAAAAAACACACGAAAAAGGAACGUAUCAUUGUUUUCUACUGCCCCUUUUAGGCGUUGUUGAGUGGUGAGUUAGGAUCUGUUUGUUGGAGACUGUCGGCAGGUGGUCGGUUUACCGGUUCCAAGACUCGAGGUUUUAGGAAACACGGGGAACAUACAUCCAAGUUGAAUGGUGAACGAUCGUGUGAAAGUCAGUUUCGUUAUCACACUGUUUUUACAGUGAAGAGCAAGUUACGGUGGGUAGUUUCGAACAAAAUUUCAACAAACUACCUCCAUUUAAACUCGCGUAGUCGCCUUUUCGUUUUGCUGGGUUAAGUUUGAAGGAUGACGGCGCAAGGAUCGUUUUGCUGCAAGCUCGAUCAGCACUAGGUAGAAAUGAUGCGAUCUUUAGAUGUUUGUCAUCGAACUAAAAUAUUGGACAAUAGAUGGAAGAAAAGUAUUGUUUUCGACAUGUUGAUGAAUGGUAAUCACUCUGUACCCUGAUAUUUAAAUAGUAAAACGAAAUCAAACCUCACAAAGUCGUAUCGAAUGGAAUUGGCUUGAAAAUUAUGGCAGCGUAGCACAUACCUGGUUUGAACUCUACUAGAUUGACAGUAUAAACACACUUUGCAUUUGAGUGUCGUACAAAAGUUCUGUCUAGAUUCGACACCCAUUCCAUUAGAUAGUUUUUAAGAAUUCCCAAAAUAUUGAUGCAGAAGAAGUCUGUAUUGAAAGUUUAUCUUUUUGUCAUUUCAUGUCUGUUAGAAAAAUGUUUUUCCUGUGCAAUUUUACGCCAGAACUGUUCAUAUAUCACUCUAAUUCGUCCUUCAGAAUCUAGUGAAGAAAUAGAUAAAAAUAAAUAUAUUUUCCAGGCAAUACGUUCUGUCUCGAAAUGUACCUGCAGCUGUAAAUCUCGAAUCUGCAAAGGAUUGACCCUACAACUUUGUCGAAGACACCUUCUUCUUCCAUCUAGCUUUAUUAAAUAGUUGAUAACUGCGUUACUCUACCGAUUGAAUUUUGAACUAAUUUGAUAAAACCAAAUUAUUUCUCCAAAUCCAUUGUAGCAGCUUGCCCUCGGCAUGAUACUGUACCUUGAUGCGGUCCGGGGGCUUUUCCAUCAAAGCAGUAUUACAGUGAUUAUAUCACAGAAACUUGGGAUACGAUUAUUUUCUUUUUAGUUAAGCUACAUUGUGAUCAAUUUUAGUACUUAACUUGGCGACCUUUAUUAUCCACUGCCAUGGUCAAAUAAUAUACAAUGUGGGUUUUGGGCCCAAUUCUCUCUGCAGGCGCUCUUCUUUUGUUGCUGUAUUUUCAAUUAGAUUCAUGCUAACAUUAACUAACACAAAUUGCUUAUUCGCUCAUGUACACUAACAGUCUCUCAUUCCAAACGUACAAGCGUGGCCUACGCGAUAACACAAACCUGUUCACAAGUGCGAACGCCCGCGAUCUCGCCAAUAUUCAAACUCCCCGAUUGAUUAGGUGAACGUUGGAACCUAAGAACCUAAGCUCGCGCAAUCAUAAAUCGGUCACGUCUUAGGUCUCCGCCCUUGAUCCUAGUAGCCCAAAUUCAUGUCUUUAGUUGGACCAAUAGAGAUAGAAACUAGACAAGACGUCGACGCGCGAUCAUUGAAGAAUACGCGAACAUGCGAAUGGCCACACGCUUAUAAAAAUAAUGUGUCCACGCGAAGUUGCAUACAUACUGGCACACGCGACAAAAACGUCCACAUACAAACGCUCGAGUCCUUCGCGAUCAUCCACGCACGACCACACCCACAAUCUCGUAAAAAGUAUAACACCCCGGUGACUGAGUGAAUGGUUUGGCACUUAUAAAUUAACAAUCCCAGUCUCGAGAGAGAACCUCCAAAUGCCCGCGUUUGUGCGAUCAUGAAUCGGUUUCGACCGGAAUCCCCUAUUCUCGCCCCUAGCGGCAUAGGUCCAAUGCCUUCACGUGGAUCAAUCGAAGAUAUAGUGCUCAUAUCCACUAAACUACAUAAAAAUCGAAUGUAUACACACAAAGUCACAUACAUACGACAGACAAAUAUAAAAAUGGUUGAGCCCUUCGCGGCCAUCCACGCAAUCUAUAAUCGCGCUCUUCCAGGCAUUAUAACAUCCCGGUAAUAGUAUGAACGUCUUAGCACUUGUAAUCACUCGGGCGCGGUCUCAAGCGUGAACCUACAGUCCCCCGCACUCGCGCAUUCAUGAAUCGUACACGUCCGGGAGUCUCUAUUCUCGAUUCUAGAAGUCUAGGUCCAUGCCUUAAUUGAAUCAAUUAGCUCUACAGCUCCAGUAGGACAACUCUCGAAAAAAAAUCGGCAUAUUAGUAAUACUCAAUAACAAUACUAACUCUUCUCUUUAUAUUAUUUUUAUUUAUUUUCGGUCUCAUGCGUUAUAUUCUUGUGAUGACCUUUUCGAGCUCAUACAUCCAAGAAGAGCAACAUUGCUGCCAACAAUGAUUCUUCUCUGCCAUCAGACGUCGCCAAGUUUUAGAACAAUGGAGAUGUAUUCUCAUACUCGAUGGAAUCAGAUAAGUAGGAACGAUCAACAAACUGUAAGUAGUAUAUUACAUAUUUCUUGUUUUGUUGUAUAAAAUAUUAUCCGUAUUAAAAUAUUAUUUACAGGCUCCACGCAUAUCUCAACACACACAAAUACACAAAUGCUUGACAGGUGACUGGGCCAAGUGCAUUCACUCGUAGGAUCUAUCAUUUCGAUGAUCGCCUCGAUUCUGCGAAACCAGUGCACAAGUAAGCUGACAUAAGCUAGUCUCAUCUGGUGAAUGCAUGUAACCUGGAAACCCCAGACACGACAGGACGAGACGCGAACUUACAUUACAAUUUCAAUCAUCCACACACACCUACGCUCGCAAUUUCGCCAACAUUAAAACACCCCCUUACUUAAGUGAACUUUUCAGCACCUAUACCUUUAUAAUCGCGGUCUCAAGCAUUAACCCAUCACUCGCGCGAUCAUAGACCGGCUACAUUCGGAAUUCUCUACUCUCGAUCAGCCUAGACUCAUGCCUUCAGUUGGACCAAUCAAGAAUGAUGCUCAUAUUCACUAGACAACACGUUCCUCUACCAUACACUAAAAAUUAAUUAUCAUAUUCAGGGUCCGCGCGCGAUAGUUCAAAAAUACACGUGAAUAUGCAAAUGGCCACACGAAUCUAAUAUCGAAUUUAUGCACGCAAAGUUAGAGACACGCUAGCACUCAAAUGCUCGAGCCUUUAGCGAUCACACUAUUACACAAUUAGUAAACGCCCACGCUAACCUAGACAGAUAUGCACUCCUGGACUCAAACGCUAAAAACCACAUCUUCCACGCAUACACCACUCAGGACUGAACAUUAGAUUCAGACAUACAAAGCAACAAGUAAUAAUUACAGGUAUUCGUCUGGCAACCGGGGGAAGUACAUCUCAAACGCAGAACUUAUCAUUUCAAUGAUGGCCUUGGAUCUGCGUUGCCUGUGUUCAAGGCACCAUAGCUUUGUCCGUCAGGUCAAGGAUGUAUGAAACCCGCUAGCCACCACCCUCGGCCCUAGCUGCCCAUAAAGGGAUAAAAAAAAAAAAAAUUGAUAAAACCAAAUAAAUCGCUAGAUAUUUCAACAUUGCCGAAGAUACCAUAAUUCGGAAAUGAAAUUAAUUGAUGCUGAUUAAAGUUUUUCGUUUUCCGACCACUGUGCACCCUUUUUAUAACACAUUUCUUGGAUAUUUUUCAAUAUUGCGACAUAAUCGAGUAUUUAGGUAACACUCUUGUCUUCAGGGACUACUGCUCGAGGUGAAUUGGGUCUUUGAAUGAAAAUAAAAUUCUUUUUUUACAGUUGAAUUUUCUAAAUAUAGCAUUGUAUAUUCAGAGCCAUAGCGUGGUCUUCUGGCGCCCUUGGUGGAGUCUCAGUCUUGUGACCUUUGUGGCAUUUGUCUAACGAAUCUAACCGGAAAGUAAUGCUAUCAACACGAAGCACCAACAAACACUACAGUUUUGGGAAAUUUUAAAUAUAAGUUCGAUGCCGAUUUGUUUCUAAUACCAAUCAAAGUCAGAUGUUUAAAGGUGACGGAGGGAGCGUUUUUUUCGGAAGACUUUGAGAAACAAGUUGAGGCUAGGUGACGGACGAAGGAUCGUUCCCCAAGACUGGAUGUGUAGAUCAGUUUAUUGAGCUAACGAUUUAUUAGAAAAUUCAACCCGCGUCUAUCACAGAACCAUUUGAAUAUUUGUUCCUUCACCAACCGUUCGUUAUAUUUACUUCGGAUGGUUGGAAACUGGAUUUCUAAAAGAUUCGACCGACGUUCGUUCAUGUUUGGCUGUCGCUCAUUUCAUGUAAAUUUCGGUCACAAAUCUGUAUAGGUAUUUGGAGGCAACGAAGGGAGCAUGUAUUCAGGAGGCUGUAUAUUAGGAUGCAAAUAACUUGUAUGGAAGGAAACUAACCAUCGAAUUUUAUAACUGGACACACUUUGAAAGCACAUCUUGAAAAAAGUCUCUCUGACAAAUUUCAGCUCAUUCGGAUAUAAUUUUUACAGUCUAAGUGCAAAAAUGUUCACCAGUGAAAGCACAUUAAGGACCCGUUGAAUAUUCAUAAGUCAAUUUCGUAUUUCUUAAUUGUUAGAUUUGAAUCACCAGUCCAGUUCGGUUGUAUCCCAGACAUUGCACAAGCGAACAAAACAAAGACAAAGGUUUUUACACAUACGUAAAAUCGGUAGCAUCCAUUCAUACAUUAAGUGAAGAUAGCCGACAAAAUUUUUGCUUGGCCAUCCUCUAUCGUGUCUUUCAAUUAAUUAUAUCUCCUGCAAUUUCUACCUUUCUUCGUAUUCUUUAAUUUUUCACUUUGCGUUGUUCUACAGACCCGCACAUAAAUAAACUCUACUGACAAAAAAACAGUUGAUGAUAUCAGACUCUGACUUCCCGUUUAAAUCAUACACAUUGAACUCUGAUCUUUUGGAUUAAACACAAUCCGCUAAGUGUUAAAGAUUUCGAAAGAACUGACGCAGACAUAUUCAGCCUUGACAGUUAUUUCGAAAGCUCACCCAUUUAAGUGCAGAAUUGUGUUAUUUUGACUAAAGCAAGCAAAUUACGUGACUGGCGAUAAACCUCUUUUAUGAAGGACUACCGUGUUUACAUGCCCGCUCACAAUGUUGAGAACGACGGUGUAAUCACCGAUUCGAGUUUGCCAUGAAGCACGGAGUUGGCUGCUUCAAGGGCCCGUUGCUCUAACGAUUAAGAUUUUGAAUGACAAUCGCACUGGACAGGACAAAAUGGUGCAUCCUUUCAAACUUGUGUCAAGUCACCUUUUGCAGGAGAGUCCACUUAUCCAUGCCACGUGUACAAACGCUCUGAGUAUUUGUUUUUUGCAGAUUUAUCAAAAAAGCUGCGCUACUCACCACGACAAAUCAUAAUGCUCUCUUUGCUGACACAAAGCCGAAGUAAACAGUUCUUGAGCUUAGAAAUUUGAGAACAAACAAGAAGUUUGCAGUGCUUCCAGGAACACCAAAAAUCUCAUGUGGCAUUUCAACCAGAUAUGCGACUUAAUGCACUUGGUGAUAUUGCGGAACUCCUCCCUAGCGACGGUGACGAAAUAUCAUCGGAUUCGCUUGCUCCCCGCAAGGAAUCCCAGAAGACACCACAUUGUUCUUCCCAGUCCGAGCCGUUGUCCCUCUCCUUCGCUGUUAGCUGCAGAUGAGAGCAAGACUCGUUCGGCUUAUCCUCUACAGUGAGAGGGGUGGAUGCUAAGGAUCUAACGAUUGGCCGGGAAGCGAAAACUCCUUGGCACUUAGCUGUUCAACUUCGGGGAUCUAGCAGCACUCUUUAUUGAGUACCCGGACAACGGGUUGGCAGUUUUCGACGGAUAUUUUACUGUCGCACGCACGCACCCUCACAUUACUGGUUGGUCGCGGUGAGAAACUGUCCCGAAAAAAAAACAACAAAACUAAACGGCCGGUUGUUCUAAAGCGUGGUCCGUGACUUUUUGCCUUUUAUACGAUGGCCGCCUUCUGCACUCCAUUAAAACAAGCACAAAAAAGUGGCACAUCGCUAUUGAGAUAUCUGACGUUUAAAAUACGCACACUGAUGACAUUUGUCAUUGAAAAAUACCGGCGCUGUGGAUUGCACUGGUUUUGCCAGGUAUCUGCUACGCCGCCAUGCUUUCAAACCAAGAUCUAAAACGUCGUUUUAAGGUCGAUCCACAAUCGACAGAAUCAAUUCCAUACGACACGACUUUGCGAUGUUCGAAAUCGUUUUAUUAUUGAUGAAUCAUUAUGCAAAUUACUUAUCAGUCAUCAACAUGUCGAAAACAACACUUUUCUUCAAUUUAUUGUCCAAUAUUUUAGCUCGAUUACAAACAUCUAAUGAUCGCCUGACGCCGUUUCGUUUCUACCUAGUGCGGAUCGAGCCUGCAGCAAAAUGAGCAGAACAAUCCGAAUUGUCAGUGGGGCUCAUAAUUUGUGUGCCCGCAGAGAUGUUGACUUAUGUCAGUUCAAUACAAACGGUAUAGGGGUGUCAUAUACGUGGGUUUUCCACUUUCUAGCAGAAAUGGGAAUGAAACACGUCUAGUGCUCUGCUCUUCUGCUAAAAAUGCAACACCAGUGCAAUCCCCCGCCCUGGAGUUUUUCAAUGAAAACCCCCAUGAGAUCCCGCGUUUUUAUACUGCCUGCCCAGAACCGGUUUGUUUACCUCCCACUUCACCGUGUAAACGAUUCGUUUUCCUCCCAAUUCAAACGUCAAAACGGCACAAUACCAACGUUGAUGGAUAAGGCUACACGGUAAAAAAACUUUACCCAUUCCAUGUAUUCAAAUUGCCCAUACAUUCGGAAGUUAUCCGAGCUGUCAAAAAAUGGGUAUUUUUUGUUUCUAACAAUGAGUACUUUUUAUCCAUUUCACAACUACUCGAUGAGGUAAUGUCAAUGGGUAUAUUGAUCUUAAUAAAGGGUGAAAAAUCCUUAAGAAGUAUUUCAAGCGAGUUAACCUGUAAACUACGUAACGUAGCGGAACCUGCAAAUUAUCGGCCUGCAUCGAAGUCGGUGGCGGAAACGGAACAUUUCGGCAAUGCUCCGAAAACAAUGGCUGUUUAGACUACUGAUGAUGUUGCAAAUAGGCGCCAGUUCGGCCUUUUUAGAGCAGCCAAAAGAUCCAGCCAUUGAAAAUAUAUCCAGUUGGCGGUUUUAUUUUGUUGAGUAGUUUUAGAAUAAGAUCUCUAUUGGCGAUUUGCGGCAAAACCAAAAUUAGUCAUGCGACACCUAGGAUUCAGCUCAUGAACUUUCAAAGUGAUACAGGUUGCUUUUUUUCGCCCGCAAGUGAGUCGUAGCUUACAACAAAAACUCCAUUUUCUUCUCGGAAAAAGCUUACCACUGCCAAAAUAUGAAUGAAACGGGUAAGAAAUUUUAUUUUAUUUGCAAUUGUUCUGAAAUUACAGCCAUUUGCAACUAUUUGGCUCAUACAUUUCUUCGAAAUGUAAUCGGGGUAUUAUUCUGGUUAUAAAAAAUCGUUGGACUACGUAGGAAAUUCAGUGAAGACUAUCAGAGAGAAGAAUUGGCUGUGUAAGAUACAAAACUGACACUCCCAUUAACCGGAUAUAUUCUUUCCUCGCGUGAUCUGGAGAGUUUCAUGAAUUUACACCAUCUCAUGAAGGUGUAACUUGACUUCGGAGGAACGGGAAAUGAUGUUGCGGCGGCUACGGUGCUCAACAAAUUACAUUUCGGAACAGCACACAUAUAGCUCUGCGAAUAAUAUUAGAAACCACUAUGUUUUACACCCUUUUCGCAAGAUGUUUACUCAUCAUCUUAUAAAAUGAUGGUUUUCCUUCAUUUUCAUAAACAAUUAUCAACAAAUUGAUCGGUGAUUUGGUGUUUAAAAGUUAUUUUUACCAAUGUUUACAGAAAAUAGAUGCACUAUGACACAACAGAAUCAAAUCAGCAACACUUUGCUUCCAGCGCUAUCUGUGAGCGGUUUCAAAGUAGAAUCGCCAAUUGGUUGAUUCUGUUUUUUUGCACCGUACGCAAUGUUACUGCAGGGAUAGCGAAAUGAUGUUUGGCAGUGUUGCUCUUUUUAUAGGAAAAGAUUGUCAUUACUUUUGACAAAUAAAAUUAUUAUCAUUAAAAAAAGUAAAAAUGACUAAAUUUAACAAAAAUUGUGCGGCAAAGCGAAACAAGUACUUAUCAUGCAUUUACCGAAUACGUGGUUGAACACCCAUGGUAAAACGGUGCCCUUCAUCAUUAUAGUGGAUUCAAGAUACAAAAUAUUGCCGGCAUAAAAUAAAUUAACAACACUCCAUUUUCAUUUAAAAAAAACAGCAAAACUGUUCGGAAGAUUUCGGAAGAAAAUGUGCGAAAAGAAUGUCAAAGGAAUAAUAAGAAACCGAUUGUUACGUCUUGUCUUAGAUCGCUGCAAAGGUAUGACACAAAUUUGUUUUCUUCACAUACUUUUGAAACGAUCGUAAGUGUGCCGACAAUAUUUGGCAUCCGUUUCAUUACAUUUUUCAAACUCGCUUAUAUCUUAUCUUGAUUCGCAUCAUAAUUCAGCAUUUAAAGUUCCAAACGGGCUUAAUUCCGCAUCAAUUGACGUAAAAUUUCAUGCCAAAUUUACUUUGACGAUCGAUCUGACAACAGUUAGAGAUGUGUGCUUUUAGACUACUAACGUCUUUUUUGUUUUCUACAGUGGUUAAUCGUUCCAAGUUGCGGAAAAAGGGAUCUUUUUUAAAAGGUUGGAUGAUUGCUAGUAUUUACGACGACCGCGCGGUACGCCAUCAUGCCCGUUUUGCCCCAAUUUCCCCUUUCGUUUGAGUUUAUUUUUAAGAAUAAAUAUAUAACUCGGAAGAAAAAUGAAUGCGGCUGACCAAACUUAGUAUUUCUUAUGUUAAAAAGUCUAGAGAAUCGGUUGAAGAUAAUUAGAAUAAUCUCACACAACGUAUACACCCAUUUUACCCCAAUUAUUCGCACAACUAAAGUUUGAAAUUGAUCCUGACUUUAUAUUUCGGUACACGGAAAAAAUCCGUUCAUAAAUUCAUUUAUGAACGAUUUCGUGAACUGAACGAUUCACGAAAGCCGUGACCUAGUUCCUGAAUUUGAGAAUAGAAAAUCUCGUUUUCAUGAAAAUAUUUGUGUUGUUCGCUCCGAAUAUAUACGGCGAUACAUUCGAAUGUUUGGUUAGGUUACUGUUGUUGUUCCCUGGACAUGUUUAUUUUUUGUGAUACUUGUUCAUAAUUUGGGAAUACACAGCCGACAGUCAAACGAUGUUCAUGAUUUCAGGACCUUUUUCACGAUUUUUGUUUAUUUCUCAUUACGUUACCCUUCUAUUUUAUUCAUGAGUUUACUAUCAGAUUUUUCUGACAGACUGGCGGGAUUUAUGUUCAUGAUUUUAGGAUCCUUGUUGCGAAUUACGUAAUUUCUAUUCACGUUAUCGUCAUAUUUUCAUGAUCUCAGUUGGGAUUUUUGAUAUUUUUAUCACGAUUAAUGUGAUUUAUGUUUUUGAUUUCAGGAAAUUUGCGACGAUUUUCGCAAUUUUUACGUUGUCGUGAUUCUUAAUUAAUUUCACGUCGUGAUAUUUUAGUCACGAGUAUAGAUUUAUAUUUAUGUUCUUGAUUUCAUGAUCUUAGUCACGAUUUUUCAUAUGUUUGUCUCGAGUUGUGUGAUUUAUGUUCAUCGCAUUAUUUUGAUAUUUUAUUCUAGAGCUGACAUUCGAAUUUGACACGUGAAGAAAUGUGACUCAUGUUCAUGAUAUCAGCAGUUUGAUUCUGUGAACUAUACCACGAACACGAUUUGCGGUGCUCAACGCAGUUUUCGUUUUCUGUCAAGACAUUACACUGAACCUUUUCAAAUUAAUAACGAUGCUCGAGGUUCUAAUAGUUUUAUUAUAACUACUGUUCGUACCUGUUACUGGUCGCUAUCAGCAAGACAUUUCAUGAAAAAGUGCAUGGAACAAAAAUGAUUUCACAAAUAAUACCCUAAAUUUUGUGAGAGUUCAUGUGAAAAUUUCACUACCAUGUGGCAUGAAAUUGAAAAUGAUUAGGAAUAUAAUUCACGAAUCCAUGAAUAAUAUUUCAUGAAUUUGUGAACUAUUUCACGAUUACGAAUGGUAAGUUGUGACUAUUGUACUAGGUAUCAUGAACCAGUUCACGAUUGCAUAAAAAAUAUUUCAUGAUUUUGUUAAUUAUUUCACGAACACGGAUCGUGAAUAAUAUAUUGGGAAUCGUGAACCAAUUCACGAAUACAUAAUAAUAUUUUAUGAACCAUUACACGAGCAUGAGUGGCAAGUCGUGACUAGUUCACGUAUACAUGAAUAAUAUUUUAUAAUUUUGUGAUUUACUUCACGGACACGCAUGGUUAGUUGUGACUAUUAUGCUUGAAAUCAUGAACGAGUUCACGAAUACAUGAAUAAUAUUUCAUGAUUUUGUGAACUAAUACACGAGCACGGAUAUUGGAUCAUGGAUGUAUUAGAAAUUAUGAAUCAGUUCACGGGGAUUAAAUGAAUCCAUGAAUAAAAUUCCGAGUUUCGUGAAAUAGUUCACGAAAAGAUAUCCAGAAUGUUUUGAUUUUGUGAACUAAUGUUUCUAAAUUUAUGAACAGCAUCUUGAGUCAAUCUUUGGUUUAUUCAAAUGUUCAUAAAGCUGUGAACUAUUUCACGUACAGAAAAUCGAUUUGGUAAUGAUAUGGUAGAAACCGUGACUGAAGUUCACAAAAUAAAAUCAAAUAUUUUCACUAAUAAAAGGGUUAUGCGGGCGUUGCUGAAGGGAGAUUGAACACUUAUAAAACACAUGAUUUUUGUUCACGGUCCUGUUUUCGUAACGUAAAUACGCGAUUGUUCCAGAAUUCCUGGCACUUUAUUCACGACUUUGGGAACAAUUUUUUUUCUGUAUAAAUGGCUAUAUGCGGCAGAUGAAAAGUAAUUUUUAUGUAUAAUGGUCCAGGUUAUCGUUUGAAUAUAAUUAGACUGACCGCCUGAAACGUGUGUACCCGUUUUACCGCAACUCUUCCCACAUCUCAAGUGUCAAGUUAAACUUGGCUGUGCUUCUCGGAAAGAAGCUGAAUGCGGCUGAUGGAAAAUAAUAAUUCUUAUGUGGAAUAAUCUGGGGUAUUGACAAAAGACAGUAAGAAUAACCGGACGAAACGUUUGUAUAAUCUUUACCUCAGUUCUUCCCAAUACAAGUGUGGAGUUUUUUUGUUGGAGACGAACUACUGUGAUCAGUAUUUAGAUCUAUUCUUACCAUAACUCAACUGGGAAGUUUACCCUGGCUGUGCUUGUCGGAAAGAGGCUGAAUGUAGCUGAUGAAAAGCAAAAUUUCUUAUGUACAAAACGCGUUCAGCUUGUUUCUGUAAUGUAGUCAGGUUUGACUGAAAACAUGAAUUAUGACAAGAAGUGGGGUAAAACGGAUUGACACGUUUCGUACGGCCACUCUAACUAUGUGUAAUCGAUUUCUCGGGUUUUCAUUCAUAAGAAAUCUUACUUUUGAUAUCUCACACUCAGCCUUUUGUUGUAAAGGUGGAGCAAGGUGAAGUUAAUCCUAACUUGAGUUCUGGGAAAUGGGGUAAAACGGGUAAACAUGUAUCGUGCGGUCGUUUUAGUUAUCUUCAACCGAUUCCCCGGACUUUUUCAUAUGAAAAUUAAUACGGCAUUGUUUUGGACUUUCCCAGUGGAUAAUUUUCAAUUUUGUGUGGAUCUAUACACUGCCGUUCUUUGCACAUUUGUUUCAUGUAUAGAACAGUGUAGCGGUACAAAACUUCGUGAACUUGUUCCAGCUUGGAUGUUUAUUCUCCGUGAUCGAUUCGUGGAUACGCUAUUCAAUACAUCUGUCGAAAGUUUCUGCAGCGGUCCUACAGUGUGAAUCAAUUGUGUGAGGUUGUUUUUUAAAGAUUAUAGUUUAUCUAGUCCGUGCUUGUUUUGCUUGAGUUGAAAAUUUUGAUGAUUGAAGUGCAGAAUAGGAACAGUAGUUUAUUUUCGUCGUAGUGAACUACCAGUAAUUAAAGAGAUAUUAGCGAUAAUGACAUUUAGUAGAUAGAGUUGGCGUACGGAGUCAUUUGGCUUCCAUAUUCCAGCAACUAUAAUUCUCUAGCGUCCAUAGAAAUGAUCCAUAGAUUUAGCUUCAAAAAGAGGUUUCUUUUCAUGUGGGUGUGUUAAUUUUUGUCAAGUGAUUAAUGAGGAUAGAUUUCUAUUUGAGGGUAUCGGCUACGGCAUUAUACUGGCACUAGGAAUGCUGUCUAGUGAUCUCGAACACGCGACGACUCAAUGUGGUAUAAAUAGGUGUGGCUAAAUGCAGGUUUGCUAAUGUUGGAAACUAAAAAUAUGCAAAUAAUCUAGAUGUACAACAGGUCGACAUCACACGAUUUAAUGGGAGCUGAACGAACGGUAUGACGAAAGCAAGUCGAUUUAAUCUGAUAUCACACACUACUCGUAAUAUUCAUCUUAUGAAUACUAAAAUGUCAUCUUGGCCCCAUCUGUAUAUACCGCAUUGGCGACGACUGAUUUAUGAGAUUACAGACACUUUAUACACAGACUAGCGAACUGUCUAAAAGGGCAGCCAAACGCAAUGACGUAAAUUAAAAGGUCUGGCAGAUAAAGGGAUUUGCCUGCGCUAGUAACGUAAAAAAAGUAAACAAUCCCGAAGCAACCAGUGAUGACGUCAUUGAGUUCCAAAAUGGCAGCAGGCGAACAUUAAUCAAAACACACGAAGUGACGUCAGCACCUUCCACUUUUGCUAUCGGUAAUGUAAACAAACGGAAAAAUCACAUUCACUAUUAAACAUUUCUUCUGCGUAUUGGUGAUAGGUACUGUAACAAUCAUCUGCCAGACCUUUUGCUUUUAGACAUGGAGCCAAACGAGCAUGGUGGGUAUUGAGAGGGGAAGCAAAGGGGAAGUCCAUGCAAAGCUUAUGGGAACUUCCGUGAUGCUUUUUGUCUCCGCAAGUCUGCGUGUAAAGUGUCUGUAUAUAAGACUAGCAUCUCCCCAGUAAAGUUCAGCAGGAAAAUUGGCCGAGAUUCUGGCUGGUUCUAGCUAGUAUUCGGGCUCCAGUGACGCAACUUGUACUAUCAGAUCAGGUCGAAAGAUUAUUCUGAUCUGUCGCAACUUUUCAAUGGGAUAUAUUCCCAUGUGAAUUUUAACCUUUUCACAAAAAUUACAUUGACGUAAAUGGAUAAGUAUAAAAACAGUAACUAAUACACCAACGCGAAAGUUUAGUAGUAGGAUUUUUUUCAGGAAGUAAAAAAAUAGAACAAAACAGUAGCUUAGCUAGACGUGCAGAGUUUUAUGAAUGUUUUAUUUUUGCUCUUAGAGAUAGCGAGCGAGCAAGCAUUAAUUGGAAUGAGUGAGGAUAAGUGUCGAAAAAAUACAACAGUUUAAUGCGUUUGUGUAUGUGUAAAUGUCGAUAAUAAAUUGAAAUAUUUACUGUGAUAUUAAUCUUUACUUCAAAUAUUGACAUUCGUAUCAAAGAAACAUUGACAAGUAAACAAUAAGUAAUGGUAACCUAAGCAACCCAAAACUCACAAAAGAAAUUCAACACAUAAGAAACGUUCAGUAGGCGAAAGUCCACUUUCUUAUCCGUAGCAGUUAGGAAUCCGAGUUCGUGAUUUAAUGUCAAUCGGAUCGUUGUUCCAUUUUAAUAACUCUAUAGUACUGAAAUAGUCACCAUCGCCCCCUCCCAGGCACUGCGCGAGCCAGUUACGAAAGUCAAUCGAUUCCAUCAAAACAUCGAUUCGCCGCAGUCAACUUGUCACAGUGGAUCGAUUGUCGAGAAUAGAAAAUAAUCAUGAAAACAUCACAAGUUGACUGUGACAAGCUCACACACCCCAUCCGGCCGAUGCCGUGAUCCCAGAUAUCAAAAGGUAUCGGCGAAAUCGAUUGACUUUAUAACGCGGCUAGCUUAAAUUCGCACUCCGGCUGGAGUGCAUUACGCAAUUAACAUUUAAGGACUGUUUACUAAAACAAAUCUAUUACAGUUUAACUACAACAAAACCCAGUUAUCAGUAUUUAGUAAACAAGCAAACAAUUUUCGCUUUCGAUUUUUCUUUUCUUGUUUCUAACACUCAUACCAAUGCAACUUUUACAGCGACUGCAACAACAACAAAAACACUGACACAUUCACACAAAACCACACACACACACACACAAGACAAACACACAUACACACAUGUGUCGACAUAUCGGUCUUUGCCGGUUGCUCGCCAGCACUUUCUCUUCUUGGUUGUUUUCUUUUUACUCCGUAAAUUUAGCGAGAUGGUUAAAAUAAAAUAAAAUAAAAAAAAAGAAUGAAAAUAAUCAAGAAGAGGGCGCAGCGUUCGUAAGCAAUUUUGGCCUAGGUUCCGGUACAUGCCGUUGUUUUUUCCGGUUGAGGGAAAUUAGGAAAAGAAAAAUUUAAAGUGGCUUAUUAAGUGAUUAAAUUAACGAUAGUAAUAACAAAAAUUGCGUGUUUUGAAUACUUGACAUUAUUAUAACGAAAAGAAAGAAGAGAAAAAAAAAUGUAGGAAGAAAAAUAAAAUAUUGAACUUUGAGUAAAACAAUAGUGGUUCAGAGAGACAUGUUAGGAGAAUAUCGCAUCGCGUGUGUGAGGGUUGGAGGACGCAUCGCCGAAUCGCUUUGCAAUAUUGGAGAUAGGAUGAUUUUACAGUCGGAUGUACGUCUCCACCAUCACCCCAAAGCUAUACGUGCCACAGUAUUGACGUCUUCGAUGAAUAUUGGACAGUAGGUAGUUGUUCGAUGUAUUCUCGUUUUUGCCAAUGCAUUUGAGCAGACUUCCCAUGAACAUCGAGAAGUUAAUUUCGUGCACGCGUUCAACCAUAAACAUGCCUUGUGUCGAUGUACAGGUUCGCCUCGAACAUCGAACCCAAGUGAACGAUUUUCAAACUCUAAUUCAAACAUCCGUGUACGUAAACCGGAUGCGUACACGUGAACGAUUCGCACAAGGCAAAAAGACUCAACACUAGUGAUGAUGAGAGCGAGAAAGAGAAAACUGGUGCCACGAACCUGUGUGUACGCACACCGUGUACGUACAUGGGGUUCGGUUGUGCGGGUGAACAUUGUGAACAUGAACCAGAGUGAACAUUGUGUACGAUGGUCAUUUGGGAAGAUUGCAUUUUAGGAUUGAAGGUUCUAGAUUUCAUUUUGCCCCCCAGCGACACAGUAAAAAGAUCACAAAUAAUACACCUAUCAUGCACCUUCUCCAACCCCGACGCGGUGCGAUAGUGAACAGAUUAAACGGGAACCUAUUCGUAAACAACCACAAAAAAAACUAACGAAAAAAAAAUUGUAUGAAGUUUUUAAUCUAGCUACCAAACAAGAAAAUAAACGUUUCUGCAGCAUAUUUAGGAUAGACAAACUUUACAUACGUAAGACUUCCAGGUAUUGCACUUGUGUGACCGUGACUAGUAUGAGCAUAGUUACAUAAACAAUACCAAUUUCAAGUAGCCUAGUGAAAACGAAGAAUAUAUCAAAUAUAUUGCGAUCCAGUAAAAUUCAAAAAAACAAAAACAAAACCCGUUCCUGUAUUGCUCUUAACGAUAUGUUUCGAUUUUGUAGUAGUUUUGAACUUAUCACAUCGACAAAAGAUAUCAUCUAAAACUAAUUAAACGGUUUUGUAGACGUUGAAAUGAUGAUUGGCUAACGUUUUUGAUCAAUUAGAUUUGUUCUUAAAGUUUGAUAAUAGGUAACUAGAUCGAAAAAAAAUAAAAUAACAAUUUUAACAGUUUGCAUUGUUACACAAUAAUCGGGGAAAAUUGACACUGCUUUAAGAAUAACAUGAUUUUAGAGGUUUUUGAAGUGAAAGCGAAAAAGCUAGCCUGAAACAGAAGCACAUUUCCAUUCAUACGUCAAUUCUUAACAGAUAUAACUCACGGUUACAAAAUAUGUAUACAAACUACUACAAACCAUAUAUUUUACUCCGAAAAAGUACUAAUUAGAUUAUCGUGUUGCAUGCAAGUUCUAAUUAGCACAUUUCUCAUACUAUUAAAGACUAUAAACCAACAACAAAAACUCUCCAAAUCAACCAUUUCUUCGAAACGUUCGUAGCAGUUCUAACUGAUCGCAGCAUGCCGUGCGGCAUUAUAAUUCACCCCUCGGAGAACCCAAACAAAACCAUGACAACAAACGUGACCCAACCAAGAUUCCUAAAGACAAUUCUAAACAACAACACAUCAUACCGGUUUUGCUUCUAAUCUCUCAUACAUCACAAUUGAUAUCAAUUUUCUUCUCAUUAAAAAAUACACUAAAGUGAGCAAGACAUCUUUCUAUGAUUUAUACACCCUUAAAAACCUCCUUUAACGCCGUACUGUCUCUAGACGAUAGCCCAUUUAAUUAAUUAACAAGAAAAAAACAAAACGAAACAACUAACACAAACAAAUAUACAUGGAACACAGCAACGGAUGAGCAAUGUUAAGUGAACAAGUGAGAACGGCGGCGGUAGCAGAUGAGCAGUGGAAAAAAUGGUAACUUUAUUGUCACACAACCUACAAGUGAGUGAUUUAUCCAUCAUUAAAUAGGAAAUCGAAACGAAACGGUGCAAAACAAAUUCAUACACACAUUAUUACACUAAUAUUAACCUUACGAAAUUUAGCAUUCGGUCAGAAGACGAUGAGAAUGAAUAAAGUACAUGAUAAAAAGUGAAGAGAUUUACAUUUAA